GGAAUGAUCCUUCCUGCUUUUUUCCCCUUCUUCUGCUACCCCUCCCACUACUCUGCAGACUUAUCCUCAGGAGAAAAAAAAAUAAAUGGCAGCAUAGACUCAAUAUAAUUCUGAGGCUGUACACAAAUGAUCUUUCAUCUGGAACCCCUGCUAACUGCAUAGCAACCCUAUUUACUCUUUCUCUCCUUUUCUCUUUUAUUCACUUUGCUCCAGCAGUUUUUGUUAUUUGUUUUAAUUCCUUUUGCCAAGUCUCACUCAGCUUGGCUUCUGGCAAUCCUCCCUCACAAUUUGUAACCUGUAAUAUAUUAUCUUCUUCACUGCUUAAUCCCCUUUUCCACAUCUGUUAAGAGUCUCUGCUUAAAUAUAUAUUUUUUUUUGUUGGCUAUUUAUCUAGCUAGGACUACAGCCCCUUCUCUCUAGCCUUUCCCUUUGCAAUGAAAGCUUCAGCUGGAAUUUCUUAACAUCAAAAAGACAAAAGAUGUGCCCUGUCCACAUUUAACUCCCCGUGGUCUUGGAGUUGGCUGGCUGCAGAUAGCUGUUCUUUUCCAAAUGCCUCCUCUGUUGCCUCCUUUUUUAUCUCUCUCUUCCACUCAAAUUGUAUGCCUCAGAAGGGGCCAUUAGUGAUCUUACCUAACCUACCGUGAACCCAUUGGAAGGAACACUAAGUUUGGUCCUGGCCAGCUCCCUGAGAGUCCUCGCAGUCAGAUCAAUAGGCCUUUGCCACCAAUGUCAAAAAUACGGUGUGCAUAUACAGCCAGAAGAUUCAGCUCUAAGAACCAGCAGGGCCAUGGUGCUAAUUCUGGCAGCUGAUGAUUGUGUACCUUGUCAGGUGAAUGGACAGCUUUGGAUUGUAGGUUCCUGUGGGUUGAAACAGACUUUCAUAAAGUCUCUCAAUCUCCAUGCUGUGCCUCGAGUAUCACUCCAUGGUCAAAGCAGAGCCAGUCCACUCCUAGCUGCAGACUCCACUUGGAGGAGAGAGGGAAGAAGCAGCAACGUUUCAUUCUCACUCCCGCUGCCACUGAAUGUUGAAGCUGAGCAAAAGCUUUAUGUUUGGGGCAGGGAAGACUGAGAGCUGGGAAAAUGGGCAAAACCUUAAGAGCUGUGUAUGUGCAAGAGAGACAAGGACUACACAAGGGCUGAGCAUGAGAAGAAAAAUAGUUGGAAGCUCAUGAAACAACUUUGGGUUUGUUUCCAUUUUCAGAUGCCAGAUUCCUUGCCUGGCAACUUUCCCCUCUUUUCUCAGGUGGCUGCAGAAGAAUUCAGAAAUUCACAACUUUUCUGUACGCGUUAGUUCAGCUAUAAUUCUUGUUCCUCAGUUUUCGGUGCCCAAUACUCAGGCAGAAUCAGCACUGGUAACUAUCAUGUAAUUAUUUUUAUCAUCUGCCCCUGGAUUGCCUAGGAUUGUCUUGGUUCAGGCUGGUUCCAUAGACCUGCACCCUACAGCACCUGGGCAAGCAGGCCCUUGGAGAACCUCGUUGGGCCACUGCUGAAUCACAGAUAAGUGAGUGGGCCUGAGUUGCUAGUUCCUCCAAAAACACAGCACUGUGCAAGGAUGCUUUUAACCACUCAGUGCAUACGUCACGGGCUGCACAUCUGAGGGGCUUGUGCCGCACGCCAUGCAUGAACAUCCAAGCUUUUUCAUCCAAAGCAAUACCUGCAUUUAAGACCUAUGAGACCCGGCUUCUAGAAACGCUGUCCAUUUUUCUCCACCCUGGAAACCUGGGUAAAACUCUCCCACCAACUAAAAAUUAGCCACGCAUCAUGGCUUACCUUAAACACUACAGAGUGUUUAAUCCCAGCAAGGUAGCUGCUGCAUAAAAAUAAAACAGGGACAACUAAUUCUUACCACAAGGAACUGAAAAACUAAAGAGGCAAAAGAGUCAGCUGAAAUUAGCCUCUUCUAGAGACGGAGUUCAUGGAACUGGAGAGAUUAAUUGACUUAAUUAGGAAGUCAAGAGCUGAGGCAAUAAUUAAACUGAAAUCACCUGAGAAUGCAGCAAGUUCCUUAACCUCGACCAUUCUUCUUCUCUAAAUUGCAGGCAAUGUUUCUCCUCCCUGAUUGGAUGACCCCUAUAAUUAAUCAGCAUUGAUUUCAAAUUGCUCUUUUAGGCAUAAGUGCUGCCUUUUACCCACUGCUGGCUGUAGCGCAGCUACUGGCUAGCCUGGUUCAGAAGGCUGUCAAGCUCUUGUGGUACGAGCAGCUGCAGCUGGAGUGCUUAUCCUGCUGGAUCUGCUGUGGGAAGCAAAACUGGACCACCGCAAAUAAACUGUUCCAUGCUGACUCAUUUCAAAGGAAAAAUCUGUUCUCAAGACGCUGUCAGGGGCUGCGGUAUUUGUCACCUAGUGACCACUCCCACUUUGGGAAAGAGAAUGCAAAAUCCACCAGCUCCCAGCAAGGAGCAUUUUAUUCACAUCUUGAGGUUAAAAUUCAACCUUUGCUUUGACGGGCUGCAUUAGGUGAAGAAACAGAAUGAGUGAUAAGCCCAACUCCCUCUCUCUUCCUGCAACAGUCUCCUCUGUCACUCCCAUUAACCUCUCUCACCUUCCGCAUUGUCUUGCACAGGUCAAGUGUGUUGGUGGGGUGGGGGGCUUGCUGUAGACACUUAGAUGAACCACAAAUACAGAGCCAUUUACUGCCAAAUGCUCCUGAGAUUCAGAUGUGGGAAAUGUGUUUCAGGCCACGGUGUCAUACUCAAUCGCUGUACAGCAGCACACACACAGGAAAACAGCCAGAACAGAAUGACAACUGACCUGCAAGGCAGCAGCACAGCACUGCCUCAGGACCGCAGAAGCCUGCUCACACCUGCUCCUGUAGCGUGGAGCUUGACUCAGACCAAACAACUGUUGCUGAGCUUUUCUGUGCUUUGUUUUUGAAACUCUGCAUUUCUUUUUAAAUAAUUUCUGUGAUUCCCUUUUGGAGGAGAGGUUAUUCUGGGAUAUACCAAGGCUUAAAUUACACAGUAAGGGCCUCCUUUAACAACCAACUUGAAUUUCAUUCCAGGCACAUCGCUGUACCAGCUGUCCCCACUGCACGGGACUUCUCCCACCCCUGCUUCUUGCAGGUCUAGUGUUUGACCAAGGUAAGAAAAUCAAUGUUUAUUCCUGUUACUUGGGGCAUCCAAAAGAGAGGUUCACAGCUCAUACCUUUGGGAAGGGUUUGGGGAUUGUUUUGCAUGUUGGAUUUAAUGGCAGAGAGCAGAAGGACAAAGAUCAGCUCAAGCAAGUUCUCUGUUUGCUGGGAACCAGAGCAAGAAGGACAAUGUCCCUUGGGUUACUGUAUUGCCUAAAACCUGUGCUUUUGCUGGUGCAUUCAUUAUGGUGAGAGGUGCCUAUAUGAAUGCUGAUAGUUUGUGUGUGUCUGCUAGUGUUAGAUAGGACUCUGAACACAGCCCUGGGAGCUCUCACCUCCCAUGUUUGCAUUCUGAUUAACUUCUGCAGGGUGUGAGAUGGGUGAUCCUGGAGCCACCUGACUGCAGACCUUUUCUGCUAUUUUCUCCUGCAGCUUUACAACCAACUAGAAGAAAAGCAUUCUGUGAGGGCACUGGGAUCUGAAUGCUCAACUGCAGAUCCCUUAAGUCAGGUAGAUUCAGGCAGGCCCCAGGAACCAGGUAAUCUUGGCCAGGACUCAGGAGCAAUGUCACAGCAACUCCUCUACCGUGCUCUGGUGUCCGCAAAAUGGCUUUCAGAAACCAUCAAGUCCCAGCAAGCUGGUCUGGCCUUGAGAAUCGUGGAUGCAUCCUGGUAUUUGCCAAAGAUGAAGCGUGACCCGAAGCGGGAAUUUGAGGAGCGCCAUAUCCCUGGUGCAGUUUUUUUCGACAUUGACCAGUGCAGCGACCGUACUUCACCGUAUGAUCACAUGCUGCCCAAGGCUGAUGACUUUGCUGAGUAUGUGGGGAAGCUGGGUGUGGGGAAUGAUUCCCAUGUUGUGGUGUAUGAUGGCAGCGACCAAGGUCUCUUCUCAGCGCCCCGGGUGUGGUGGAUGUUCCGGGCCUUUGGACAUGAAGCCGUCUCCCUUCUGGAUGGUGGCCUGAAGAACUGGCAACGAGAGGGGAAUGCGCUGAGCUCUGGGAAAAGCCAGGUAGCUCCUUCUGAGUUCCACGCCUCCUUGGACAAGUCCCUGGUGAAAACGUACGAGGAUGUCUUGGAUAACUUGGAUUCCCACCGCUUCCAACUGGUGGAUGCGCGCGCUGCAGGACGGUUCCGGGGAGUAGAGCCAGAGCCCCGAGAUGGAAUUGAGCCUGGUCAUGUCCCUGGGUCGAUGAACAUCCCCUUCACCGAUUUCCUCACAGAAUCUGGCUUAGAGAAGACCCCUGAGCAGAUCCACAGUCUGUUCCAGGAGAAGAAGGUGGACCUCUUAAAGCCGGUGGUAGCCACGUGUGGCUCUGGGGUCACUGCCUGCCACGUGGCUCUGGGGGCAUACCUCUGUGGCAAACCAGAUGUUGCUGUGUACGAUGGGGCCUGGGUGGAAUGGUACAUGCGGGCACAGCCUGAAAAUAUUAUUUCUGAGGGAAAGGGGAAGACGGUGUAAUAAGCUGCUUCGUCUCCCAGCUGUGCAGAUAAUUUGCCUUGAAACAGGAUUUGGAAAAGAUGGGUUUAGCAUUCCUGGUUAAGUGUCUUGAGGUGAAGGUGUUGGGUAGUAAGUACGGGCACGUGGUGCUUUGGCACUUUCUCCUUACGCUACUGCUGCUCCUUAGGAGCAUAAAGAUGACCUGGGCAGCCAGCUCUAGGUGACCCUGCUUGAGCAGGUGGGGUGAACCAGAUGUCCUCCCAAGGUCACUUCCAACCUCAGCCGUUCUGUGAUUCUGUGACCUUUUUACAGUACCAGAUGGAAGGGAGAGAGUGUGGGUGGCAGCAUGGGGAAGUAGUUGAGUCAAGCCAAGCUCAUGACUUAGGACGUUCCACCAUGUUCACUCACAGGAUGGUCAUACGUAUAACUGUGCCUCAUGAUACUGCUCUCUGCCUCUGUCCUAGAAGCAAUCCGUGCACUUUAUGGCCAUUUUGAGUGCAAAACUUCAGGGAAAGACAACUUCCUGAUUGGCAUUUAGGUUAGAGACUUUGGAUUUCUUCUUGCACUUGGACUCUAACUGCAAUGUGUACUUAGCCAGUUUUGUACCCCCAUGGUCCAAAAUUCCCCUUGGAAAAAGGAAAAGAUUCUGGGAUUAAAAAAGGGUAAAUAAACGUGUUUCAAGGUCUUCCCGCUGAGUGGAACUUACGUGAGUGUUGCUUGGGUAAUUGCUUUUCAGGAACUCUCUUUUUAUGGGAUCACUUUGUCUUGGUGAUUUGAAUGAGAUGUUUCCUUCUCUCCAUGAGUAGAACUGCAUCUCUUAUGCUCAACAAGCCCAGGAAAGGCAAUGGCAUGCCUCUCUCUUGGGACUUUUCACCAUCUUCCUCCUUUCAGUCCUUGUCUGUUUGCUUUUUGGCCUAAAACACCACGUUAGUCAGUCGCAGCUCUGUUCUUCAAACACCGGAUGUCAGCUCACACGAUGAAAAUUGAACUGCAUGGGUGUUUCCGUUCUUUCCAUGAGACUUGCCAUGUAACUU